UUCAUAUAGUUAUAGGUUAUCAUGGCGCAUAUCUUCAGUCAAGCUGCAACUGUGCGAGGAAUUAUACGUAUAUUAAUAUUGUGAUUGUUACAAUAUGUUGUAUUUUAUUGCUAGCAAAGUGCUUUCUACUUAAAUUUUAAUCUUAUUUGUCGUUAAAUUGUAAAUGCACGUAAUGCCGAAACAUAAAAUUUCUUUUGUGGAAUUUAAAUCUUCACAAAACCUCAUAUAAUUUGUUUCAGAAAAACUUUUUCACCAAGGUAUUUAACGAUUAGAAUAAAAAACUGCAGAGCUUUGUAUCCGGGAAGUGACCCCGAAGACCUGACCAUACAUCCGAAUACAUUAAAAUCUAUUUUCCACAGCAAAUACAAGAACACAUCGAAUAUAUUUUUAUUCACAUUUCUUUUAUAUUUUAACAUUGAUAUUAAUAUUGACGAAAUGGACCGAAUCUACGUUGAUGAAGAAACUGGUGAGAGUAUUAGUCUUCCAGCUUCCGAUUGUGAGAUUCGACAAUUAGUUAGCUCGAUAAAUAAUGCUGAAACGGGAGAACCGGAAAUCAACGUAGUUGGUAUUGAAACUAUUAAGAGAAGAAUACGUUUUCAGAUUCCGAAAGAAGUAAAGGAAACAUUAUCGAUUAAGGACGGUUCUUUAAAAAAAAGUGAGAAUCUAAUGGAAUUAGAACCUGUUCCUGUUGGAGCAUCAUUUGGUCAAGUUAAUCCAGUUUGUUUGUUUUUUCUUGCCGUUAUAUGUUUCCGCUGGUUCUUGCCUGUAUUAAUGUUGCUCGAAUUGUCAUUGCACAUUUGGGCACAUCAUAAGAAUAAAAUGUUAAAGGAUGCCAAUGUUUAUUUUCGUUCUCCGUUUCACGGAAUAUCAUCCGAAUUUUGCGCUCUAUGUCAAAAUGAAAUGUGUAUGAAUCGUGUUGGUAAAAUGCAACAAAUACGAAUGCACAAAUUUUUACGACAAUGCAAUUACAUGAAAAGAGUGGUAACGUGAAUUAUUUAUGAUUAUUAAAAAAUCAUUAUAUAAUAUUGAUUAAAAUUGUUUUUCAAUUGACAUAUUAAACAAAAUUAAUGAAUAGAAAUACUUAAAAAAAAUUAAAUUUAAAUGAAAAAAACGAAUAAAAUUCCUACACCGCCUUGAUAAAAACAUAUUAAAUAUUUUAAUAUUAAGGAAAUAAAAAACUUAUGUAAUUUCCAUUUAUUUAGAUUUUAAAUAAAUUAAUUGAAAUUAAUAAUGAAAAUAAAAAAAUUUUAAAUAAUAAUGGUGCAGGAUGAAUAUUUUAAUAUUUGAUAUAUAUAUGUAUAUAUAUAUAUAUAUAUACGAUUAAAAAUAAUAGUAUAACAAUAUUAAUAUAUAAUUAUAAUUAUUAUUGUUACAUAUUAAAAUUACAACAAUGAUGAAAGAAAAUAAUUAUUGCAUUAUCAUUUUUUUUAAAAAAGUUUUUAAAAUUUAUUCUGUAAAUGUAACAAAAUAAGUUACUCUUUUAAUCACGUUCCAGUAAAUAUUUUGUAUACGAUGAAUUUUAUCAUUUGUUAUGGAUACAAUAAAGUGUUAUAUAAUAUUUAAUUAUCUAUGUUUUUAAAAUAAAAUUAUUCAGUCAA